UCCAAUACAUGUCGAAGUCGAAGCACAUGCUGUACCGAUACAUAUGACAUUCAAAUCAAAAUCAUCACAUCUUUCCGUGGAUCAACAUCAUGAAAAUGCUGGUGGAUCACAUAAAGUAUCACAUUCUGAAGAUGAACCACAUUAUCUGAAACAUUACGUGAAAAAACCGGUUUAUCAGGAAGUAAAUGAAAUCAUUACACCAUACCGGAAAAUUACACAGAAAAUCGAGCCCGUACAUGAAGAAAUUGAAACUUUGGUUGCAAAAAAACAUCAUGAUUAUCAUGAAGAUGAACAUCAUUAUGGUCAUCAUUAUGGAUAUCAUGGCAGUAGCGGUGGUGGUGGUGGUGGUGGUGGUAGCAGCGGAAGUGGUGGCGGUGGUGGUGGCGGCGGCGGCAGUGGUGGUUUUGGCGGUGGUGGUAGUUUUGGCGGUGGUGGUGGCGGCGGUAUUGGCCGUUAA